UCGUGGCGAUGAGACCCAUCAACCUUCCCGAACCGCCGAACCAUUUCUUCAGCUUGCCGAAGUUCUUCGACGGCGCCGUCCGGCGAGCCGUCGUCAUCGGUAACGGCUUCGCCGGCGCUGAGAACCAGUGCAUCGGGUUGGUCCGUGCUCUCGGUCUCUCCAAUCUUCACUCCCUAUACCGCGUGACGAGGCCCCAUGGAGGAAUCAAUAGGUGGCUUCAUUGGCUUCCGGUUUCGGUUCAUAAGAUGUUGGAUUCUGUUAUCAGAAGGCUCUGUGGGAAUUCGCGGUUUCAAGCUUCGAAGAUUGGCAUAUCAAGCGUUUUAGAAGCUGAUGCUUACCAUAUUGCAACAAUGGCGCGUGAAACGUUCCACAAGGAUGGUCCCUUGUUGGUGGUUGCAUCUGGGAGAGACACUAUUCAUGUCGCAAGCUCCAUUAAACGGUUAGCCCCAGAAAAUGUUUUUGUUGUUCAGAUACAACAUCCGAGAGUGCGCCUGAAUCGAUUUGAUCUUGUUAUCACUCCACGCCAUGAUUAUUAUCCGCUGACUCUGGAAGGCCGGCGGCAAAUUCCAUGGUUUCUUCGGAAGUGGGUCACUCCAUGGGAACCUCCUGGCAGCAAUGUGUUCCUCACUGUGGGAGCGCUUCAUCUAGCUGAUUCCACUACUCUUAGGGCUGCUGCUUCUGCUUGGCAUGAUGAGUUAGCAGCUCUGCCCAAGCCUUUGCUUGUUGUUAAUGUUGGGGGUCCUACAGAAAAUUGCUGCUAUGGUGUGGAUCUCGCAAAGCAGUUGGUGGUAAUGCUUCAAAAUGUGUUAUGGAGUUGUGGAACUAUCCGAAUAUCUUUCUCUAGAAGAACACCUGCGAAGAUCUCCAACAUUUUGGUCAAAGAAUUUGCCACAAAUCCUAAGGUCCAUAUCUGGGAUGGUGAAGGUCCAAAUCCGCAUAUGGGACAUCUGGCCUGGGCUGAUGCCUUUGUUAUCACAGCUGAUUCCGUUAGUAUGUUAAGUGAGGCCUGCAGUACCGGGAAGCCUGUGUAUGUAAUCGGAGCGGAACUCUGUACAUGGAAAUUUGCGGACUUCCAAAAUUCUUUGCAGAAGCAAGGAGUCACUCGACCCUUCACUGGGCAAGAAAAUAUGAGUGAAAGUUGGAGUUAUCCUCCACUAAAUGACACUGCAGAAGCCGCCAAUCAAGUUAUUGCCGCACUUGCUCAGCGUGGAUGGACUAUUCAUACCUAAUGGUUUUCUAAAUGAAUUAAGCUUCCUUUGGAACUCAUGGAAUUUAUAAAUGAGGUGGUGGCUGAAGAGGAAAUACUUUCCAAUUCCCACUGGGCACUAGCUUAUGUAUAUGUAUAUUUAUAUAGCUUUGGAGUGCUCAAUGUCUGGGAAUUUCCUGUUAAGAAAGGUCACUAAAAAUAGUUAUAAUGACAUGCUUUUUUUUUUCCUUUUUAAUAGGUGGUGCGGCCAGUGAGUGAUCUCACCAAUUUUCGCUUGUAAUAGAAAUUUGAAGCAAUAAUUUUGGAUCUAAUCUAGCUCCUUUCUUUU